AUGUCCAAUUUCCACGGGACCUACGAGAAAAACCUCAAAGACGGCGAUUUCAAAACCGACGGUGGAGAAAGCGUACUCAACAAGGAGAUUGGAGUGGAUGACAUGACCAGUGCAGGUGUGCAAGGCAACAAAAUUUCCACUAUUGCUCCUAAAACAUUCACUACUUUUGAAAGGCACGUUAACCAAGAUACCGUAGCCACCUCGCAGGGGAAUAUAGAAAACCUAAACGGUGAACUUCCAAUUAAGAUAAAAGAUAUUAGGGAGCAGGUUGCAGACAUCGCGUUGAAAUCUAUUUCCGACCUCAACGAGCAAGCCGGACAACAGUUAGAGCUGGUCACCAAAACUCUUGACGCUCUUUGCCGUGACGUUAAACGCGCCGCAGAAGACGUUCAAAUAAAUUUGAAUGUACUGAAAAGUACGAAAAUUGACGUUAAUUUAAAACGCAUUCAUGGCCUGAUUGAUGACCUUCGAACAACUCAGCUGGGCGCUGUCAUCGGCUUGACGAACAAUUUCCUCACUCAAUUCGCCGACAAAGCCGGAGAACAAAUCGUCAAAGAUCUCGAGCAGGACGCAAACAUUGAAGUGACAAAAGGCGAAACUGAUAUCAUUCAUGAAUUACGUAAAAGGUAUAUCGCCUUUAUCAAAUUGCUUCUAACAGAGUUCUCCAGCAAAUGCAAGAAUGACCUCUAUGGGCUACCCGAUGAAAUAACAAAGGACGCCGACAAGGGUGCGAAAGGGUUUAUGAAGCAGUUAGCAACAUUCUCUGAGAUGCAUCUUCAACGCGCUGACUUGACCAACCUAGCGUCUUUCUCUCGCCCGGCAACAUCAUUCAUAGGUGACCUGCUUGAAAAAGUAGCCUCAAGUGACGAUAUCGGCGCCAAGCACAACGCACUUUCUCAAAUUGGCAAAGCUGUGAGAACCAUGCUUAACAAAAUAACAAAGUACAAUCACAAAUUCCUCACCCACCUCUCCGCCCUUUCCUCCCUCCUCGCAACCAUCCGCCCCGCAUCCUACUCCGACGCUAGCAACCCCCUGCUCGACUGUCUUAAAAAGGGCGUGCAGGGGAUGUGCGAGGAGCUAGCGAAGGCCUACGUAAGCGUGUAUGAUAGCGAGACUUUCGGUGCUGAGCUAAUAAAAAACCUCAAACAUGUAUCUAGCGUUGGUAAACUUGAAAUAAAAUAUGAUCUGACUGACGAAGGCACCAGGUUGUCUAAGGUGUUCCUCACGGUGCUCCGCACCAUUGACGUUUCGCUUCAUACGUUGAAAUCCAACUGCAGAGUUCUGCAAAAGAAACGAAUCAACAAAGAUACUGACAUUGGCAGACUGUUCGCUGAAAUGGGAUAUGUAGUUUCAAACUUUGAUGAGCAAAAUGGCGAGCUACAGGACAAAAGUGAUAUGACCGGCGAGCAUAUCCUAGGCCGACUUAUCGGUCGCAGUGGGAGAGUGUACAGCAGCCACGAUGAUAAAAACUACGAAGGGGCACUAAAGGAUCUCGUCACGCACCUCAAUCGCUACUUCGAAGUGUGCCACUUCACCAUCCGCCCUAGACCUAGGACACCUUGCAAUGUAUACGAAAUGCUUGUAUGGCUCACAGGCCUUCCUCACAAUCCGGUUUACGACGCGCUAUUAGAAGACGGUCUCAGUGCGCCAUUUAAAGACCCGGCGAAGCAGACGAAGGAAGCGGGUGACGGCUUCGAGUUCACCGUGUUUGACCUCCAGACGUCACAUAUAGAUGCUUACCCGAGUAACAUCACCUACAAGAAUACGGCUAGGACGAUAGAUCACAUAUCUUCGAAAGCAUACGACGUAUUGGCCACCAUCGUCGGACAUGGCAACGCGUCUACCGUGUACGCUUGUGACUUCCCAAGCAACACCCUCAAUUUGAAAUAUCCCGCUGGCGGUGAGGACUGCCUAAAUACACUCCUCGAUAUCCUGCGUAGACUUCUACCGCAGCUGCAAUAUUUGUUCCACCGCUGUAACGUUACCGAUACGUAUUACGGUUGGCGAAAUUGUAAGUACGGCAGGGACGUACCGACAGCCAAGUGGCCGUGUAGCGACCACUCAAGCGACAAAGCAACGUACGAAGCAACGUGCCAGACAAAGUGUAAACCAAAAUGCAAAACAACUUGCCAACCAACAUCGCCAUUGAUGUCUUAUCUAAAUGACUGCCUAUCUGCUCAUUUGCCGCAUCAGAUAGUGACGGUGGGUUGCAAGUCUGAAUGUAAGACAUGCCCUUCCAAUAGCCCUGGAAUGCCGUGCCGAAUGCCCUUCGGAUUUAGAGGAUUUUCUGGGUCAACGAAGACAGGUAUGGAUAUAUGCGAAAGCAUCAGGCUAUUUUUGGGUAGCGGCCUAGUGUCGUCCCUUUUGUGCCUUAUACCCAGGCCGCCGUCUACACUACCGGAGCACUUCAACUUUGCGUUGCAGUUGGGUAAUAUGUUGCAUAAAGGUAAAAGCUCCGGCGGUAAUGGCGUCAGUGCAGCAUUUAUAAAAUCGAUCGAAAGCGCAUCUAUUCGCCUGUACGAAAAUCCCAUGGAGCUGACCGAUGCGCUUAGCGGUGCCUAUGGUAAUACGCAGUCUGACCACAGUCAUACCAGUGGGGAACCUAAACAUGCCCCGUUAUCCAGUUUAUCGAUGAACAACUCAUGUAUGCUUCCUAAGACCGACAAUAUUUUCUGUGGUCCCUACCUUCAAUCUCUACACCAGGAUUCCUAUUAUUCACUCGCCGAGAAGCAUUGUAACCUGUACUUGUCCUGGGCGAUAUACUUGCCGUGGCAAUUUUGGAAUUAUCUGAAAACCCUGUACGAUUCCUUCUGCAGUAUAUCCUGCCAGGACUGGGGCUGCAGUGGUUGCUUAAAAGGUGACAAAUGCAAGACGGGCAAACACGGAACGGACUACAACUGCAGAUGCUGGAGUGUCGUCAAAUGCCGCGGAGUGCAAAGCACUUUCUACAGUUAUGGAUUCGCAUUCGGCGACGCGAAAAAAUUGUUGGACGAGAAUGAACUGAGGUAUUGCCACGAUUUCUGCAAACAACUUGAGAAUAUUCUCAAUUCACAAUUUUUCAAGGACCUCCUCCAAAAGUGCGAUGAAUUCAUAUUCACCAUCAGACAGCCGUUUAUAUGGCUUAACGUCGCGCUCUGGUCACUAUCUCUCUUCUACCUCAUCUGCGUAAUGGUUGGCAGACUGGAUGUGCUCCACAUCAAAUCGCACCUGAGGAUACCGUCGUCGCACAAGAUAACGGCGCAAUCAUUGUUGGCGGCAGCGCAAGUCGGAAGGCUUGCCAAGAUAUCGUACCUGCAACCGUGA